CUCGCGUAUUACUGUUCCUGUGCUGCCAAGCAGGGCCUUUAUAAUAUCUCAGCCACCAGCCAUUGCUCCGAAGGCAUUCGCAUUCUCUCUCACUCGAUCUUUGCCGUGCCACUGCACUGUCGUCUAUCAUGGCCACGGACAAUAUCACGAAUGUCUACACUGGACCAGACUCACUGAAACACUACUUCGACCCGGAUCAUGCUCCACCACUUCCUCUCGUCGAGCUCCCAGCACAUCUCAACCCGUACUACGGAGAUGGUGUCCGGAUAUACGCCAAGAUGAUGUCUUGUCAUCCAGCCAACAACGUCAAAUGCAUGCCAGCAAUGAACCUUCUGUCAAAAGAAGUCGUGCCAAACAAAACCAAGACGAUCGUCGAAUACAGCAGUGGCUCCACAGUCAUUUCGAUGUCAAUGGUAGCACGAGUCUUCCACAAUAUCAACGACACCCACGCCUAUCUCAGCAACAAGACGAGUGAAGCGAAGCUGCGACUGAUGCAGUUCUUCGGUUUGAAGCUGACACUCUUCGGCGGACCGUCACAGCCUGAGCCGACAGACGAACGAGGCGGGAUUCAGAGCGCACGGAUGCAGUCGCAGCAGUCGGAGUCGAUCAUCAACCCCAAUCAGUAUGAGAAUGAUGGUAACUGGCAAUCACACGUACGAUGGACAGGACCACAAAUCCUUCGACAACUUCCGGAAAUAACCCUCAUUUGUGCUGGUAUGGGGACUUCGGGCACGAUGACUGGUCUGGGGACGUACUUCAAGCAAGCGAAGCCCUCUGUCUUCCGCCUCGGCGUUGUGACUGCGGCUGGCGAUCGUGUUCCUGGACCUCGAUCAUAUGCACUUCUGGCACCAGUCGAAUUCCCUUGGAAAGAAGCCAUUGAUCACGUCGAGCAUGUCGGUUCGCACGAUUCAUUCGCUCUGUCGCUUGAGCUCUGCAGAAAUGGAUUACUCUGUGGCCCAUCAUCUGGUUUCAACCUCAAAGGCCUUUUCAAUCUCCUCGAAAAGCGUAAAGCGGAUGGCACGUUGAGCGACCUACGAGCGGAAGACGGCCUCGUACACAGCGUCUUCCUCUGCUGCGAUCUUCCAUACCAAUACAUGCAAGAAUACUUCGACAAACUCGGUCCACAGAGUUUUCCGCCCAUCACAAACGAAGUAAGUCCCACCUCUUCCCUACCUAUCCCAUCCCAAAAAGAACCCCAACUAACCACCCUCCCUCCCAGCACCUCACAAAAGUCGACCUCUACCGCUACGACGAAGCCUGGGAACUCCCCCCCACCACAGCCCUAAUAACUCCCCUCUCAAACCCCUCCACCCUAAUAAUCGACUUCCGCCGCCAAUCCGNUUCUUCACCCCGGACCUCCUAUCGACCCAAUGGCGCGAACUCGAAUCUUUAUUCUCAGAAUCAUAUCUCCAAUCACAAUUCCAAAAUCGAAAGAUUCUCUGUCUUUGCUAUGAUGGAGAUACGGCGAGAGUGGCGACUAGUGUUUUGCGAGCAAAGGGGUUCGAAGCGGAGAGUGUGAAGGGUGGGCAUAGAGCUCUUGAGAAAACACAAGAGUUUCAGAAAAUGUAUGAGGAGGAGCAGAAGGGGAAAGAGGUUGCGAGGCAAGAUAGGCAGAGGAAAGCGGAUUCGGUGAUUGAUGGGAAAAGUGAACGGUCUUCUGCUUCGUCUUCGGCGGCGGUGAGCGAUGAGAGUGAGUCUGAGGGGGAGAAGAAGGACGGAGAAUGAUACUGAGAGGGAAAAAUUAUUCUUUUCUGUCAAUAUAUCUUUUUUUGCGUUGUCGAUGCGAGAUAGAUUGCACCGUCGCCGGACGUUCGGCAUUGGGAAAAGGGAAAGCAAAAGGGUGUCUCGUGAUAGAGCAGACUUUAUCGUCUGCAUUGUUCGAAUUAUGAUUUUGGUUUCUUAUGUCUCCUUGCGGCUGGAAUACUGAAACCCCAUCUGAUUCCCAUCCCACUCCAAUGGCUAUACGCCAUCUAGCACAAAUUCAGCGCUACCAUCAAUGUACAUGUUAAAAAGGCGCCACUCAUGGCGCAAAAAUCAUCAUCAUCAUCAUACACCAUGCA